CGGAUAAACUGUUUGGAUGUCCAGCCAAUGGGAGAUCUCGAUUUAAAAAUCGUACCUCUUUGUGUGUAGUAGAGGUGUAUCUCUAGUAAACGAACCGCAAUUUAGGUUACUACAAUUGUUUAAUUUUCACUUAUUGGAGUCUUUAGGGAACAACGAUGGAAAUGGAUCUUUUCUACAUCAAUGGUCAAGAUGGUAUUUCACUACCUGAAAUGAUUGAUUGGGAUAUCAAAUUAUGUGAUUCAGACAUCAAAGAAGAAAUUGGAGUGAACAAUUUUACAGGUCUUGGAUAUGAGUUACCAUCUCUGGAUAUUGAAGAAGAUCCUAAUCCGAUGUGGACACAACAUUAUUCAGCCAAUUCUAAUUCAAGUUUUGAACUGGACUUCCUUGGGGAAGGAGCUUCUGCUUUGAUGGUCAAUCCUAGUAGUGUAGUGCCAUUUCUAUGUAGUAGAAGACGAUUGGAGGUCGAAGAGACAAAGAGUUCAGAAGCGGAAGAAUAUUCAAAAGUGUCACUUAUAGAUACCAUAUCUCAGGUAAGUGUCAAAAAAGAGUCUGUAAAAGUGGAGGAAAAAGAAAAUGAUACAAAAGCAACAGUUAUAAAAGUGGAAGAGUUUCUUGAAGAGGAUGAAACCGUUGCAACUUCAGAACAGCCACAGGACAUUCUAUCGAUGCCUAUUGAGUUUGUUAAUGUAGCGAUGGAGAACAGUGCUAUUAAGGUUUUAACUCCAUCAAAAAAGACUUCUCAAAAGCGCCAAGUGAUGCCUUGCGUUGCCGAUGGAAGUAACAAACCCUACCCCAAACCUGCCUACUCGUACUCAUGUCUAAUAGCAAUGGCGUUGAAGAAUUCACAAUCAGGAUGUCUUCCAGUUUCAGAAAUAUACAGCUUUAUGUGCCAUCACUUUCCUUAUUUCAAAACUGCACCAAAUGGAUGGAAAAACUCUGUGCGUCAUAAUCUUUCGCUAAACAAGUGUUUUGAGAAGAUCGAGAAGCCACCUAGCUCAGGGAAUAAUGGCUCUCAAAGAAAAGGAUGCUUAUGGGCUAUGAAUCCUGCUAAAAUCUCAAAAAUGGACGAAGAAGUUGCCAAAUGGUCAAGAAAGGAUCCAUCUGCAAUUAAAAAAGCAAUGGUUUACCCAGAUAAUCUAGAGCUUCUUGAAAGAGGAGAACUGAAAGACGAAGCUGCUUUUGACAGUGAAGAAGUUGAAGAGGACACUGAAGAAGUUAGAGAAGAAGAGGCAGAGGAAGAUUUUGGAGUUGAUGCUGAGGAUGAAAGGAUAUCUCCUAUAGAUGAUGAUAGUGAUGAUGAAAUAUCAAGUGUUCCUCCCUCCCUCCAGCCAUUUGAGCCUAAAUUUGCUUUACUCAACCAAAGAAAACUCACAGCAAAGACAAUCAAUCAAGAUCAAUCAGAAGAACCGGCGGAAAUAAGCGUCAACAUGGACUUUGAGAUCAGUGAAGACGUAUAUGAUGAGUUGGAAGUGUCGGACACCAAAGCACUUUUGGGCUUUGACGACUCUAUACCGAUCUACGCAGUCGACCCCACUGAUGAGAACGUACUGAUAGAACUGCCGAUGGUGAAGAGACCGCGAGUGCAGGCCAAUUACAUCUGUCAACCAGUGCUCAACAUGAAGAGGCACAAUAUCAGUGGGUUUAGAUCUAUUAAAAUACAAAGUCCCUGAGUCAUGUAACAUUUCUUGUACAAAGACUGAUCACUUUGAAACUUCUAAGUCAAUUAUCGUCAGUGGUAACUAGCUGCAGGUUCUGGUUUUUUUUGUACAAAAUGUACAUAACUGUGUAGCAUUAGGUAAUUUUUAAGAUCCUUAAGAAUAGUGUUAUUGUGAUAUUACUUGUGUGAUAGUAAUGUACAAGAUGACAUAACUUGUAAGAAAUUUGUGUUCACUAAAAAAGUAUUAUUCAGGCCUGCACACUUAAAACAUAGCCUCCUACUCUAUUUUUAAUAAUUUAAUAAUUAUUGUUAAUUUUUUUUAUUCAACUUCGUAAACUAAAUGUUUACCUUCUGAACUAUCUAUAUUUGCUUUACAUUUACUUUUUAAUUUAUGAAUUUGAGAGGAUCAAGUUUUAAAUAAUUUUUUACACAUAGAUAUUAGAGAAUAAUCCAUGAACAUGUUAUUUUAAGUAUUAUUAAACUGAAAACUUCCAAUAGUUAGGAACUGGAUUGAGAUGAUUUUUGUGCAGUUAAUGUGUAAUUAAUCACCAGGCAGAUUUAGAUUUGUUUUAAACCACUAAGUAAAGCAAUGUUACACCUAAAAAUAGUAGAAAAAAUCUGAUUAGCUACUAGAUUUAUAAGCAAUGAAACAAUUAAAAAGGUAUGUUGGAACAUGGAGUAACCAAGAUUGGUAAAACAGCUUCUUUAUAAAUUCUUUAAAAAAAUGUAUGUUGAUACAAUAGUUCUAAUAAUCCGAACCAUCUUUUGGGGAGAAAAGCUUACUGUGUUAGGAUUGAAACAAAGCUAUGUGCGUUGAAAUUCAAACCAAGCUAUGUGUUCUGCAAUUCAAACCAAUGUGUCCAGCCAACCAGUAAACCGAGAAAACUAUCGAUUGUACAUGAAUUCUGUAUAGCACCGAAAAUUUGAAAUAAUCGCCAACCAUCACCAGUGUUUUUUGGAUCUCUUAAAAUCAUCGUUGAGUAAGAAGAUUGUGAUUACGAGAAAUGAUCAUGGUGUUUUGUGACUGCGGAAGACAAUGACAGUGUUUUUGUGAUCAGAAGCAAUUUAUGGCCAUUUACACCGUAUAAAAAUACAGUGAUUCUAUUUUUUAAUUCACUUUUGCUGCAUUUGGACUAAUGGUACUGCGAACAUGGUCUUGUCUUAAUUAGUUCAGAUCAUUGCACCUAUUAAAAAUAAUUAACGAUUUUCUAGAGAUUCUUGUCUUCCCCUUUAAAAAAUUUUGUCAUUUAGAUUUUCAAAAUUUACAUGGGUCAUAGAAGACAACUUUGCACUUAAUUGUUUACUUACACUUCAAUACAUGCUAGUUGAUGAAGUCAGUAAUACUUUGCAUUUAGUGUCCGGACUGGUGCGAUGGCAUCGCUUUAGUUGUGUGUAAGUUUUGUGAAAUUUCAAAUUUGAAUGAAUCCUCCGAGAGGAAGACAAGAAACCAAGGAGAAUCGUUGAGAAUUUCUUCUUUGUCAUUGAAGUUAAGAGCAAACAAAAUUAUUUACUAUUAAUUGGUGUCAGUAAUUUGCUCCUUGACUAGAAGGAAAAUGUAGUUUUAUUAUGGGGAUGUUCUAAAACCGACUGAUACUCAUGCCUUAGAGAAAAACUUCCCUAGCCAGUCCAUAACUAACUGGCUUCUUACCUGUGUCAUUGUAAACGUUCACUUGAACUGAUGGUAUAAGUAACUUUAAUUCCAUUGACCAAACUGAGGGGGUGGGGUGUAAGGCAAGUGUAUACUAGAGACAAUUAGUGAUUGUAAAAAAAGACUAUAGACUUGGAUUUUCUUCGAUGUAGAAAACUAAAAAUGUUGAAACAAUAACUUUCCUAUUAAAAAAAUCCCAAAUAUUCAGUAUUGGUUACCUUUAAAAGAACAUCGACUUUCAUUGUAGCAAAGAAAUUGAGAGACUUUAAAGGCUAGUCAUUUUCAGCUUUAAUGUUUUAGCCUUUAUUUUGUAUUGAGUACUUACAAUUAACUGUAUAUUUGCCAUUUGCUAAUAAUAAAUUAACAAGCUAUAUACUUAAGUUUUCUUCGAUAUUGUGUUAAAAGUAUCUUUGCCAAAUAACUACUUUCCUUAAAAAAUAAAAAUACAUUUUUCAAUCCCCUAAAGCCUGUUAUAUGUAUGUAUGCACAUAUAAUUUAACAUAGCAUUUCUAUAUACACACUUUUUUUAAACUCUGUCCUAUGCUAUUUGAGUGAAAAUGUCAAUCCUGACAGCUAGGUUAGUCCUAUUAAAUGUUUAACGUAAGAUACUGAAUCAAUAGGCCGUAUCAACAUAAAAAUACUGCAGACUGUAAAAUCAGGUUUAGAUAGGUCAAAUGCGUUUCUCAGGAUUUUCUUUAACUUUGUUGUGUGUUUGAAAGUUUAGCUAGGUUGUGUGGUGAAAAAUAAGUAAUUGUCCAUUACUAUUAGACGAGUGAAAAACAAGAUUUCACAUUUCACCACCUUUGAGAGGAGUAUACAAGUGUAUGUAAUCUAAAUGCCCAAGCAAACAAAUCUUAAAAUUAAUAAGAUGUGCCAGAACCAGAAUGAUAGUUAAUUGUUGUGUUUUGUAAAAACAUGUGAAGAGGAUGUCGUAACUUUCUGUACUCUUAUUUAAAGUCCCAUAAAGGAAAACUGUCUCAAAUCAUGUGCAAUAAGUUGAUGUUUUAAUCUCUUUACUUUUCUUUGAUAUAAUCAAAUUUUCAGUAACUUUAUACAAAAUUGUAAGUAGCCUAUAAACAUAAGUUAUGAUUUAGUUUAUUCGGUUUUGUUCAAACAAUCGAUUAUUAUGAAUUGUAAGAUGUUUUAGAAACAUCAAGCAAUAACAAUAGUUUAUAUCUGGGUGUUUUUUAUUUGUCCAUUCAUAUAUUAAGUAUUUUAAUUUUAAUUAACCUGUCAUUUACUGAAAGUAAAACAAGUGUUAAUUCUUUGAUCGAGGUGCAUUUCCUUCUUUUUAAUGUUUGUAAAUGAGUGUUGUGAAAGAUUUGUAAGUGUAUGGUUUUACACAUAUUGGGAAAAUGUGGUCAAGUACAAAACUAUUAUUAAGUUCACCUCAACUGAAAUGUAAAUACUGAAAUUUGUACUAAU